GAAAUUUUCAAAGAAAUUGUAUUGGGGGCAUUGUCCCGAAAGAAGAGAAGUGAAGAAGACCCUCUGUGCAGGCAGAGGAUAGCAUUUCUUUUUCUCCUCUUCCACCCUCCUUCCUUCCGUGUGCCAAUAACUAGACCCUACUGUUCAUGUGCAAGUGAUGAUUAUCCCUUUUUGUCGCUUUUCAUUCUUUGCUUUUUUCUUGGUCUGGGGUUGAUCAUUCCAUUCAUUUCUUUUUUGGAGCUUCAAGAGGAAGCUGUUAAUGAGUUAAAGAGAAGAGAGCAUUGGUAAUAGGGAAGAAGAUUGGAUCUUCAUAAUGUGUUUGAUGAUGACGGUGAUGGUGAUGAUGACGAUGGAGAAGAAUGUUACUCUUUUGACCAAAGAAAGAGUUCAGAUAAAGAACCAAAGUAAAGCACACAAUGUGGAAAAGUUGUCCCCUUUGAUAGCCAUUGUUCCUCGUGUUUGUCAAUGAAGAAGAGAGACCUUAUGCCUUCUUUUUUUCUCUUUUUCUUUCCCACAACACUUUUCUUGUCCCGUGGAUGUGAUGCCUCUUAUUAUUCUUUAUUUUCUCUUUUGAAAUCUCAGGGUCUUUCUUGGAUUAUAUAUCUUUCUCCUUCUUCUUCUUCUUCUUCUUCUUCUUCUUCUUCUUAGUAGUAAGUUUUUUUUUUUCCAGAAGGGUAUUCCAAAAUGCCUAUGUAUGUGCGAAGUAGCCACACAAUGCUGGGAAACAUGAAGCUGGAUGUGGGUGGUGGAGGGCAAGUUCUAGAUCUGGAAACCGCCGUUAAAGAUGGCAUUUUAGGUAGUAGUGCUGGUGGGUUGAUUUCCGCUACGGGCGCCGAGAAAUUGGAUCUGAAGAAGAUGAUUGAAGAGCUUGAAUCGAUGGAAGUGCCGUCCGUGUUCAUUUGUCCAAUUUCAUUGGACCCAAUGCAAGACCCAGUUACUCUCUGCACUGGCCAGACUUACGAGAGAUCCAACAUCCUCAAAUGGCUCUCGCUCGGCCACUAUACUUGUCCCACUACAAUGCAAGAGCUCUGGGACGAUACAGUAACGCCAAACAAAACUCUGCAGCAGCUCAUAUAUAGCUGGUUCUCGCAGAAGUAUUUGGCUUUGAAGAAGAGAUCAAAGGACGUGCAGGGGAGGAUAAUUGAGCUUUUGGAGACUCUUAAGAAGUUUAAGGGUCAAACUAGAGUUCAAGCUCUAAGAGAGCUUAGGCAGAUGGUCAAUGAACAUGCCACGGCGAGGAAGGCAGCUGUAGAUAAUGGCGGCGUUGCCCUAGUCAUGUCCUUUUUGGGUCCUUUUACUACGCAUGCUGUAGGGUCCGAGGCAAUUGGGAUUCUGGUGAAUUUGGGUCUUGAUUUCACAUCCAGGGCAAAUUUGUUGCAACCUUCGAAGAUUUCUUUAGUGGUGGAUAUGCUAAAUGAGGGUUCGAUCGAGACCAAGAUUAACUGUACGAGAUUGAUUGAAUUGUUGAUAGAAGGGAAGGAUUUCGAGUAUGAAAAUGUGUCAAGCUUGAGCCUUUUGGUUGGUUUGUUGAGGUUAGUAAAAGAUAAGAGACAUCCAAACGGAGUAGUGGCUGGACUUGGUUUGUUAAAAAUUCUUUGUUCUUAUGAAUCCAUUAGGAACUCAGUUGUGAGCAUUGGGGCAAUUCCUCAAUUAUUGGAGCUAUUGCCCAGAUUGAAUAAGGAAUGUUUGGAGUUAGCACUUCAUAUUCUAGAGGUUCUUUCAACUAUUUCAGAAGGAAGGUCAGCUUUGAAGGAUUGUGCCAACACAAUACCGAAUGUGGGAAAGUUGUUGAUGAAAGUAUCUGAGAGGUGUACUCAGCUUGCAUUAUCCAUAUUAUGGGAAGUUUGUCAGCUUGCACCGGAGGAAUGUGCUGCACUUGCCGUGGAGGCGGGUUUGGCAGCGAAGCUGCUGCUUGUAAUACAGAGUGGUUGUAAUCCUGAGCUGAAGCAGAGGUCAGCUGAGCUCUUAAAAUUGUGUAGUAUAAAUUACACAGCCACUAUCUUCAUUUCCAAGUGUAAGCUUACAAGAACGAUACAAUGAAGCAAAAUGCCAGUUUGUUGGUACAUAAUGCCUUGUCCCCCAUGUCCCAAGAGGCGAAAGGACUGAAGCUUGAGAGACAGGGUAGAAUAGAGUUAAUCUUGGGUUUCUGAAGAACCCCUUUUCUCUUCCUUGUGAAUAUCAAAGUUCUUUUGAUACAUCCUGUUGGUUUCACUUAACAGAAGCUUAAUAAUGUGGAAUUUAGGCUGAUAUGGUGUAGUUAUUAUUUGUUAAUCCACUGUCUCUAAGUUGGUGUUUUUCCCAGUAAGGCUCUUAUUAAAUUGAUUCUCUUGUUUGCCA